CUAUAAAAUGGCACCGAAAAAUUUAGCAGUAUGAAUAGAAAUAACGUAUAUUUUUAAAUAACUGUAUGGCGUUACAACAUGAACUCUCAACCCCAUCGCUGUUGAAGCUACUUUCUUUCAUUUUUUGGGGUUGGACAUAUAUAUGGUGCACAGAAAAAGCACCAGAUCACCGCCCAGAAUGGCACUCCAGGGUAGUGACAUUACUCCAUGGUAGUGUUGCAACGAUUGUUGGCCUGUGGCAAUGUGGAAUGACUAAUAUCGAUCGAUGUAGACUCAAUACCAAAAUAACUCCAGCCAAUUAUGCUUUAAUGUUAUGGUCCUGGGGUUACUUCGCUUUCGAUUUAAUUUGGUGCAUUAUAUAUUGGAGUAAUAGCUACGUCAUACUUGGGCACCAUAUUAGCGCACUGAUAGCUGUAGGGAUUUAUAUGAACAAAACCUAUUCUGGGUGCACCUUCGCUUGUACCCUUGCGCUUAUGGAAAUCACAAAUCCUAUUCUUCAAACCAGAUGGUUGCUUCGUGAUUCUGGCUAUGGACACACAAAACUUUACUUUCUAGUGGAAUUAACAUAUCUCAUUAUGUUCCUAUCGCUACGAGGACCAUUAUGUACAUAUUUAAUUUACAAGAUUCUUCCUUCUGAUUACCUUGAUAUUGAUGAGAAACUUAUAUCUCUAGCACUGUAUGCGGUAUCCAUUGUUUUCAUAUAUGAAAUACUUGGUUAUGUUAUACACAAGUAUAAAAAUAAAAUUAAAGAAUUCAAGGGAUUCGCUAAUGAAAUUAUUGUAGCACUGGUGGAAAACUAAAUUUUUAAUAAAAUUAUUGCCAUAAAAUUUAGAUUUUGUUUUAAAAUAACCCUAU